GCCCCCUUCAAUAACACAUCAGCUCCAUCCAUUACAAAACACCUUUUCUGCCAACCAGCGGCUAUUCUCUGCCACCGUCUACAUAUGGGCCCCCCCUCCCACGGCCUGCGUUCGACAUGUUUUAAGCUUUUCCCAGACAUUGUCCGAGCAUUCGAGAUAUUACUCCAAUUAUUCAUUCAAAUCUGUUUCCCCUUGACCUUCCAGCCGGCCGGCCCUGUGUCUGAACCGCAACUAACGACUGCUGGGCUGCGGCCGGUCCUGAAACACUGCAGCCACCCAUCCCAAACAUGCUCGCAUUCUAGCCUCGAGAUCGCCGCUUAUGCUCGUUCCUACCGCCCGUCUCGUGGCCCGUCCAGCCCGCCCCUCUUGGAUCGGUUUGUACCUACUGACCUUUCCCUUUCCCGUCCCAAGUCCGCCCGCUCGUCGCCCGGGCACUUUUUUUUGUGGUUUUUUAUUUUUUUUGCGGCUCUCUCUUUCUUUGUCAGCACCCCUGGCCCUGAAACCAAUCAGCCGCUCGCUUUUUGUGUGCCUCGUGCAUCGAAGCUGCUGCUGCUGCUCUACAUACUGUACCCUGGCCGCAAUCAUACGUGACUGUGUACUAUAGGUUACGAGAUAAUUUUAGUCUUCUGCAUACUUGCUACGCAUCCGGUACCUGUCACUGCAUCAACCACGUAUAGUUGCAUACGUGUGUGUAUUGCCUCGAACCAGUUGGCGUGCCACACCAUGUCAUUCUUUACUAUUGCGUUUCAAAACAAUAGGCCAACUCAAAACCUUGCACUGGGAGCAGUCGUUGCCUCCUCAUCAACACGCUCGAUUGUCGUGGUUGUUCUCUCAAAC